AAAUGGCGGAGACAGAUGACCACUACCACGCGUAGGACUGUCAUGAAAUAGAAUCCCCAGAGAAUUUCUCUAGAGGAUUUGCUUUGCCGGCGGUUCUUUGCUUUACGUACAUCAGACCCAUCAAGAUCUCACGUUCCAUCAAAAGUAAUGGCAUUUGCAUCGAGGAGUUUGCGUAUUUUCUGUAAAAUAUGCAAUGGCAGCAGAGGUGCAGCGUACUCUACCCUCCGGCAGCCACCUUCAAGGAUUUCCUUGGUCCAGGCGGUACAAAAAUAUUGUUACGGCACCAAUUCAUCUAAACCUUCGAUAGCUGGGAGUUUGACCAAUAUUCAACCUACAACUGCUACUGCAACGCUAUCUCCCAAUACAGGUGAUCAAGAUAAGCAGCGUUCACGUCAGGAGGAAGAGAAAAAGGAAGAGGAAGAGGAGAAGAAGCAACGGGAACAAUCAUGGAAAAUGAUGAAAUACAGUUUUGCAUUUUUUGGAAUUUCUAUGGGAUUGAUGGGUUCGGUUUUGGUCUACGAACUAGCUAGACCAAAUAUUGAUGAGAAUGGAAAUGUCAUUGAGGAUGAGUUUAGUCACUUACCAUAUUUUGAACAGCUAUACAGAAGACUGUGUAGAGAAUUAAAUUACUACAAAAAGUUUGUACAGGAACCUAGCAGAGAAAAACUACUUCCAGAUCCACUGAGCCAUCCUUAUAUUCAGCCUCCCUAUACUUUGGUCCUGGAAAUGACAGACGUAUUAGUACAUCCUGAUUGGACGUAUCUCACAGGGUGGAGAUUUAAGAAACGUCCAGGCGUCGAUUACUUUUUAGAUGCCGUAGCACCACCACAAUUUGAAAUUGUGGUAUACACUUCAGAACAGGGAAUGACGGUCUUCCCAAUUUUGGAUGCUCUUGAUCCACAAGGCUACAUAAUGUACAGAUUGGUUAGAGAUGCAACACGUUUCGUUGACGGACAUCACGUAAAGGAUUUGAGUGCCCUUAAUCGUGAUCUUAGUAAGGUAAUCGUAGUCGACUGGAAUUCGAAAAGUGUACAGUUCCAUCCUGAAAACACCCUCAAGAUUCCUAGAUGGACCGGAAAUGAUGAUGACACUACGUUGUAUGAUCUGGCCGCCUUCCUUAGAACGAUACUUGCUACAAACGUGGAAGAUGUCCGGGAAGUACUUAAUUAUUACAGACAGUUCGACAACCCUUUGGAAGCCUUUAGAGAAAAUCAACGAAAAUUAUUACAAAUGGAAGAGGAGGAGACCAAAGCUCAGAAGGAAGGUAGCAAAGUAGUUGUAUCGAGGUGGACGCCAUCUUUUCUGAAAAAUCGUUAAUAACAAUUUAAAUAAUUGUUUAAUUACGCAAUUCCAUAUAUUUGAAUUACACAUCCCAGAAUUGAGACUCGCAAUCAUCUCAGCUAAUGUAAUAAGAUGGCCAAAACAUCUGUACUGUACCUUGUUAGAAAUAAAGUAAAAGCGAUGUUCACAUCCAUACCGUUAAUUUAAAA